UAAAUAUAAGGGCUGGGGAUUAGAGUAUGAGGUGCUCAGUAGAAAUCAGUUGAUCAGUAGAAACAAUAUGAAUUCCUCCAUUUGUAUAAUCCUGAGCUGUCUUCUCGGACAAGUAUUGAGCAUCUCUUUUAAGACCAUCUUGGCAUCCAAUUAUAAUAAAGUACAAAAGAAAACACCUGCCCCUAUCGAUGUCUUCAGCAGGUUCAUUAAAGCCAACAAAGGAAGCAGAAUAAAGCGGGUUCAUGGGGACAUCGCACUUGGGGUCUCACGUAGCGCCCUCAGCUGCAAAGGUUGCUUAUGGCAGAAAAUAAAUGGGACAGUGUAUGUGCCGUACACACUGGAUGAGCAGUACAAUAACGAUGAAAUUAACAUGAUCACAACGACUAUGCAAGUAUACGCGACCCUGACCUGCGUGCAGUUUGUCCCUUACACAAAUGAAGAUGAUUAUAUCACUAUAAAAUCUGCCAAUGGCUGUUGGUCGUUCAUGGGGAGGCAAGGAGGUGCCCAAAUUGUGUCCGUGCAGAAAGGUUACUGUACCUCCGAAGGAACGACCAUGCAUGAACUCAACCACGCCCUGGGCUUUGUACAUGAACAGUCCAGGAGCGACCGGGAUGACUAUGUUGAUAUCAUGUAUCAGUACAUCUCACCAGAUGACAAAGUCAACUUUGACAAAAUGGACACCAACAACCUCCGCACAAGAUAUGACUACCAAUCCAUCAUGCACUACCCAGCGUGGGCUUACAGCAACACAACUGGAAAAAAUACUAUUGUGGCCAAGCCUGACCCUAGUGUAACACUUGGUGCCGGAAGCACAAUGACCAGCUUGGAUUUUACUAAGAUAAACCGGCUCUAUCAGUGUGAUGUAUGUGGUUCUUUCCUGACUGAUGCCAAUGGAACUAUCAUCUCAACUAAUUAUCCAUCCCCUUAUCCAAAUAAUGGCAAAUGUGUGUGGGUCAUCCAGGCACCGUCCGAUUUGGUAACGCUGAAGUUUGAUGCCUUUGAUCUCCAAUCUUCCCCAAACUGUAUCUCUGACUACAUUAGAGUUUAUGAUGGGCGCACCAGAAAUUCCCUACUACUGCUAGACAGAACUUGUGGGUCUGAACCUGUUCCUGCUCUGAUCGCCUCAACAAACCUGGCGUUAGUGGAGUUUGUCAGUCGUGAUAACAAGAAAAAGACUGGUUUCAAGGCCUCGUACAGUACAGUGAAAUGUGGAGGCACGUAUUUCACCCCAUCAAGGAGCAUCACUUCCCCCGGAUAUCCCAACAAUUACCCUCCUUAUAGCAACUGUUCUUACAUCAUCACUGCUCCACCUUCCUAUAAAGUCUCACUGAGCAUGACCAGCUUCAAUACAGAAUUUAGCUCCUCAUGCAAAUAUGAUUACCUGUCCGUAUAUGAUGGGAAUUCCAGUAACAAUCCCCUCCUGAACACAUUCUGUGGACCCCUCUUCCUCCUUUCUGCCACCUCCACUGGUCCCAACAUGUUCCUCAGGUUCCUCAGUGAUAAAUCAGUGCAGAAGAACGGCUUUCUGCUGUCAUACAGUUUUGUUCCUUUAUCCAAAAAUUGGAAUGGACCCAAAGUGGAUGCAAUUCUUACUGGUGAUUAAUUCGUCAUUCAUAUUAAUUCCUAAAAUUUUGGUCACCUUGCAAAGUGUUUGUCCCUAGAUGAUCAAGUACAUGAUUCAGUUUGUAAAUAGAAUGAAAUACAUGGGUUUUUUUAAAAGGUUUUUAUUUUGCAUUGUAGGGCAGAGACACACGUGGAGAUUGGGGGAGAUUAGUGGGAUUGCACUUGGAACGAUUUGUUUUCCAAAUCGUUCCUUCGCAAGGAAACUUCGGGCAACUUCGGAAAACAAAGUGCUCUGAGUGCCAUCCCGCCGGAUAUUUACAUUCUAGCCAGUGGGAAGGCAGUUCAGGAAGAUUAGUCACCCGAAGAAGAGGUGAUUUGUAGCCAGGCGACUAAUCUCCCCGAAUCUCCAUGUGUGUCUCUGCCGUUAAAGAGAUUAGUUCACUAUUCACAAGAAAUGAUUGGUGAUGUAGACUGGUGAGUUCCAUAAUAGGUACACAAAUCUAGGUAGAUGUAGCAUUUUUAUUAGGUUAACUUAAAAGGAUAGGUUCCGGGUUCUUAGUUCUGUACAAUAAGGUAUCUGUGUUAACAAUGAUACACAAAUACUCGAACCUAGUUAUUAGGGUGAGUGCUGGAUUGCCUUCCAUGAUAACCAGGUUCCCCAAGGGAAAUAAAAUUGAUUAUUUUUUAUUUAUCUGUAGGCCACUUAGUGCCCCAAACCUUUCAAGUACCUCCAGUGCAGCCAGUAGUGAGGGGUCAGCAUCUGCGAGGAAAAUUAACAUAUCGUCGGCAUACAGUACCACUUUUUCUUCUAUAUUGGCGAUUGAGAUUUCCUUAACAAAAGGGAUUUAUCGCCAGUGGCUUAAUAGCCAGAGCAAAUAAAAGGAGUGACAGGGGGCAUCCUUGUCUGGUUCCUGUCCUCAACUCAAAUUCUGCAGAGAGAGUGUUGUUGAACCAGUUUUCAGAGGUAUGUUUCUUGUAUAGCAAGUUGACCCAUGUGAUAAAGUUAGGACAGAAUACAAAUUUCUCUAGAAUCUGCCAGAGAUAUGACCAAAGGCCUUUGUUAUAUCUAGAGAGGCGACAGCUCGAAUGGAGUGUUGCUGGCAGGCCAAUUGAAUGUGGGUGUAUAAACAUCUAAGAUUAAUGAAAAUAGUUUUAUGAGGCAUAAAGCCAGCCUGGUCCAGGUGGAUUAGAGAUGUAAUGACCUGUGUUAAUCUAUUCAUUAAUAAUUUAGCAAUUAACUUAGCAUCAGUGAUAUAGGUCUAUAGGAUUCACAUGAAUACAGGUCCUUCCCAUUCUUAAGUAUCAGAGUAAUUAUCGUGUUGUAGCAUGGGAGGGGAGUUCCUAGCUUUAUCUGAUAGCUAGAGGUCUAGGUCUCUUUGGGCCCUAGCUAUUGUGCCAUGAUUAUCUUUGGAUUUGGUGUGGUAAUAUGUCUGUUCUGCCUUAAAUGGAGUUUUCCUGCAGCUUUAAUAUCAACCAUUUUGGUUUCUCUAAUGGCAUGUAUGGUGGCAAUAUGAGUGCCCCUGGCCACUGCCUUGCCUAUGUCCCAUACUGCUAAGGGCAAGGCUGUGCUUUGGUUGACCGCCCAGCAUUCCCCAAAUUCUUUUACACGUUAUGAAAUAUGAAAUACAGUAAUAGUAGAUCACAAUGUUGCCCCUUAACUUUUCUGUAUCAUUUUUACACACUUUUAAAACUGAGGGCAGAGACACGCGGUGCUAUUUCGGGAGAUUAGUCGUCCAUCGAUAAAUCUCUUCUUCUUCGGACGACUAAUCUCCCCGAACUGCCUUCCCACCGGCUAGAAUGUAAAUCGCCGGCUGGAUGGCACUGGGAUCGCUUCGACUUUCCGAAGCGUUUUGAGUGCCAUCCCGCCGGCGAUUUACAUUCUAGCCGGCAGUUCGGGGAGAUUAGUCGCCCGAAGAAGAAGAGAUUUGUUGAUGGAUGACUAAUCUCCCGAGAUAGCACGUGUGUCUCUGCCCUCAGUUUUAAAAGUGUGUAAAAAUGAUACAGAAAAGUUGAAUAAAUUUGAAUUUUCACAAUAAGGGGCAACAUUGUGAUCUACUAUUACUGUAUUUUAUAUUUCAUAACAUGUAAAAGAAUUUGGGGAAUACACUUCCCUGAGUGGUUACAAUAUUUAUAAUCAGUUUAGAUAUCAGCCUGUGGUGCAAGUGAAUUUUAGAUAGAUCUUGGUUCCUUGGUCUGAAUGCUCUGAGAUAAAGACAAUCUCUGCCAUAAAGCAGGACAGGACUGCUGCUUCCAAUGGGGAUCAGAUAGGAAAGGUGCCACUAUGCAAAUAUGUUUGUAAAUGUAAAUUCAUACAACUACAAAUCAACUUUUAUGAGUAUUAGCGAUUGUUUUCACGUGUAAUUAAAACUUAUUUUACCAAA